UGGGCUGUUACGUCGGGUCAUGUGACUUCACAGAAAAAGCAGCGAUGGAAAUAAGCUAAGGAAGGGAUCUGCCCUGGCAGUGGCUUCCUCUCUACCCAGAGUGCUUGUGGAAUGGCAGCAGUUUGGCAGCAGGUUUUGGCAGUGGACGCAAGGUACAAUGCUUACCGCACGCCUACCUUCCCACAGUUCCGAACUCAGUACAUCCGCCGACGCAGCCAGCUGCUCAGAGAGAACGCAAAGUGUGGCUUUGAGCCGGGACUGCGCAGGCAGUACCUGAGGCUGCGCAGUCAGCUGCUGGCCCUGCGCUACGGGCCCCUGUCUGAGCAGAGCAGCUUUAGGGCCAGCAGUGUGCGCAGCUCCCGCACCACACUGGACCGCAUGGAGGACUUUGAGGAGGACCCCCGUGCCCAAGGGGCUCGUGGUCACCGCCGGUCCGUCAGCAGAGGCUCCUACCAGCUACAGGCCCAGAUGAACAGAGCUGUCUAUGAUGAGAGGCCUCCGGGCAGCUUGGUGCCCACCUCAGUGGCAGAGGCCAGCCGUGCCAUGGCAGGGGACACAACUUUGAGUGAAAAUUAUGCAUUUGCUGGCAUGCAUCAUAUAUUCGACCAACACGUGGAUUCAGCUGUUCCACGUUUGCAGUUUGCCAAUGACGACAAGCACCUCCUUGCUUGCUGCUCACUGGAUGGCUCCUUGUCCAUUAUGACGCUGUCCCCGCCUCCUCCCAGUGUGAAGGUGACUCUGAAAGGUCAUGGAGGUCCCGUCACAGACUUUGCAUGGUCCCUCAGUAAUGACAUCAUCGUGUCGACAUCCCUUGAUGGGACUCUGCGUAUCUGGAACACGGAAGAUGGGCGCUGCAUCAGAGAGGUCAGAGAUCCAGAGUCUAGCGAGUUGCUCUGCUGCACCUUCCAGCCCAUGAAUAAUAAUCUUACUGUGGUGGGAAAUAGCAAGCACCACCUGCAGGUGGUGAACAUCUCCACUGGGAAGAAGGUGAAGGGGGGCUCCAGUAAGCUGACAGGUCGCGUGCUGUCUCUUUCCUUUGAUGCUCCGGGGAAGAUCCUGUGGGCUGGUGACGACAGGGGGAGCAUCUUCUCCUUCCUCUUUGACAUGGCCACAGGGAAGCUGACCAAAGCCAAGCGUCUGGUGGUGAGUGAGGGCAGCUCCAUCUGCAGCAUAUCUGCUCGGUCCUGGAUUAGCCGAGAGGCCAGAGACCCCUCCCUGCUGGUCAACGCCUGUGUCAAUAAGCUGCUACUGUACAGGGUCGUGGACAAUGAAGGAACACUCCAACUGAAGAGAAGCUUCCCCAUUCAACACGGUUCUCAGCUUGUUCAUAGUAUCUUCUGCCCCUUAAUGUCAUUCAGACAGGGGGCCUGUGUUGUGACUGGCAGUGAGGAUGGCUGUGUCUACUUCUUCGACGUGGAACGCAACACUAAAGCGAUAGUGAAUAAGUUGCAGGGUCACGGGGGACCUGUGCUCGAUGUCAGCUUCAACUGUGACGAGAGUUUACUGGCAUCCGCAGAUUCCACCGGCAUGGUCAUCAUUUGGAGGCGGGAGCAAAAGUGACUGAUCUACCAAUAACAAGCUUCCAUCCACUGCGUACAAAAGGCCCGCUGUUAGUUAACCGUCCAAUAACAAGUCUGUAGAUUUUCACUGGAAUGUAACAGGCUGCAUUAAAUGUGUAAUGUAAUGAUACUUAAGUGCAAUCAGAUAGAACACCAUGUUGUGUACGUGGUAGGGAUGUCUUAUAAAUUCAGAGGGUGGGGGCGGUAUGUGAGUGUCUGUGUGUGUGAGUGUGUGUGUGUGUGUGUGUGUGUGUGUGUGUGUGUGGUGUGUGUGUGUGUGUGUGUGUGUGUGUGUCUGUCUGUUCGUGUCUGUUCUCCUACAAGUGAGAAAUUGCUUUUCACUGCAGAAAAAGCGAGCACUACUCCCAUGCAUGUGGGGAUUUGACUGAGGUGAUGUAGAGUGAUCUUCCUGAGGAACCAGGUCUAACACUUUGUAUCACACUGACAGUCCCUUUGACAUAGAUCUAGUUCACUAUUUAUGUAACUGUUAUUCAAGCAGUGUAAUCAAGUGUAGUAAACUGCCUUAUUUGCUUUCAGUCCUGCAGUUGCCUGUUUGCAUUUGAAACCUUUUGCAUGACGAACUUCCAGUCAGUCAGUGGGCAUACCAAUCAGUCAUAAAAGAUAAACAAGUGUGUUUUGUGUUUCUACUUCGUCUGUGUGUGUGCGUGUUCUGUUUAUGGUGGUUGCAGAGUCAUAAUUGAUUUCACACACAUACAGAAUAAACGGCUCUUAACUGUG